AGAAGAGUCAAGAGUCAGAAGAGAAUAAGAAUAACAAUAAUUACAAUUUACUAUUAUAAAAAAUUGAUUUUAUAUAAAUAAGCAGCGAAAAAUGGAAAAGUCGACGAAACUUUUGCUGCUUUUCUUUCUUCUUUCUCCUCAUCAUCAUCAUCAUCACUACCCAUAAUAAUUCAGGAUAGAAAGAAGAUACUCACGUUUCAACGUUUUACGGUAUUCAAUUCAAUUUUUCUCCUUCAGAAAACUUGCUUUUUUUUUUACAAAAGAAAAUUUUGGUUUUUUCCCCUUUUGAAAGAUUCGAUUUUUUUUGUGUGUGGAAAGAUAAGAAAUUUCUUAUUCAAGAAGGUGAAGAAACAGAGCGAAACAGAAAGCAAUGAUGAUGCCAUCCAUGUCACCUUCGUCGUCAUCAUCCGGGGUGGGGGGAGGAGGAAUUGGAGGGGCGGUGACGCCAUCAUCCGCCAUAACUCGAGUGGAGAAAGCCACCAGCGAGUUCUUGAUCGGACCGGAUUGGACUAUGAAUAUUGAUAUUUGCGAUACCGUCAACUCCAAUCACUGGCUGGCAAAAGAUGUGGUCAGAGCUGUAAAAAAAAGAUUGUUGCACAAGAAUCCCAAAGUUCAAAUGCUUGCCCUGACGCUUUUGGAGACAAUGGUGAAGAAUUGUGGUGAUUAUGUCCAUUUCCAGAUAGUUGACCGGAAUAUAUUGCCGGAGAUGACCAAAAUUGUGAAGAAAAAGACAGAUUUGCAUGUCAGGGACAAGAUCCUGGUAUUGUUGGACUCUUGGCAAGAGGCAUUUGGUGGACCUGGAGGAAAAUAUCCUCAAUAUUACUGGGCUUAUGAAGAACUGAGGCGAUUUGGCGUCAGCUUUCCGGAGCGUUCCUUGGAUACAGCACCUAUAUUUACACCACCUGCAACUCAUCCUCCACUAAGACAUCCACAGCCUGGUUAUGGAAUGCCGAACAACUCUUCCACCAGGCUUGACCAGGCAAUGGCAGCUGAGGUGGAAACCCUAAGCCUAUCAAUCAUGAGUCCCAUGCGAGACAUUCUUGAUCUUCUGGCGGAUAUGCUUCGAGCUGUCAAUCCUACAGAUCGCAUGGCUGUAAAAGAUGAAGUGAUAGUUGAUCUCGUUGAGCAAUGCUGUUCCAAUCAGAAGAAAUUAAUGCAGAUGCUGACAGCAACAGGGUACUCACUCAUGCUCUGUCUGGGAUUUGAUUAUCGUAUGGUUGUUGUCACUAAGUGGUUUGCUUGUGAAUUUGUAUAUUAUGUUAGGGAUGAAGAACUUCUGGCUCAGGGCCUUGAACUAAAUGACAAUCUUCAAAAUGUGCUUGCAAAACAUGAUGCUAUUGCAUCCGGUUUGCCUUUGCCCAUUGACUAUGUAACUGAUGUCAGUAUCCAAUCCUCAAAUGAUAACCAACAUUCUCUGAGCCCAAAACCACCUGCUGAUUCUGCUACGACUCCGACCAGUAGAACAUCCAGCAGUGAGCCUCUACCUGCUGUUCCUUCUAAUAGUAGGAGUCAGCCGACCGAUGAAGAGGAAGAAGAGGAAGAUGACUUCGCACUUCUGGCAAGAAGGCACUCAAAGACAUCAAAUUCAUCCACUGCUUCUCAGCCUGCAUCGACCCUGCGAACUUCCGAAAGUAAUGACGGCAACAUGGCAGCAUCUCAAGAAUUAUCUUCAAGCCCAGUCAUGAGCAACGCAUUAGUUCUUGCUGAUCCACCAGUACCAUCCAGGACCACCCAAGAGCAAGACAUAAUUGACCUCCUGAGCAUCACUCUGUUAGAGCCUGCAUCAUCGUCAACAACACAGACUGCUGCCACACAUGCUGCUCAUAUUCCCUCGUCACAAAACUACGGGUCCGCACCUAAUGGACAAGGUAAUAGUAAACCAGUUGCAACACAAGCUUACCUCGGAAACCAGACACCGGCAUUCAAUAGCUAUGUUGCUCCUUGGGCUCUACCUCCACAACAAUUUCAACAACCGUCGGCGGUGCAAAGCGAGCAGCAACAGGUGGAUCAGAACUCCGAAAAUUUUCCCUCACAGCAACAAUAUUCUUCUCGAUAUUAUAACAACCAUCAUUCCCAAAUGCAACAACCACCUCAGUCCACACCAGGUCCACAGUACUCAUCUGCUUACCCCCCUCCCCCGUGGGCUGCCACCCCCGGCUACUUUAGCAACCCUAAUCCAUUGCCUAGGGCUCCUUAUAACCCAUAUUCAUCCACUGAAGCUACGUCUCUAGUUCCCUUGCAAGGAACCGGGACCUCCCAGUUGCAGCCGCCUGUUAAUAAUGGAAGUAAUUUCUCGGCUAUGAAUGGAGGAGAUGCAUCGAGGUUUGGCAAUGCGAAUGUUCCAGUGAACAGUCCUGGUGGACAGAAGCCCUUUAUUCCAUCCUAUAGACUAUUUGAAGAUCUUAAUGUUCUUGGCAACAAUUCCAAUGGAGGAAGGUUCAAGGCAUCAGGAAGCAACUUAUCCUCUACCUCCCUAUCUGAAGCACAAUAUAAGAGUAUGAUUGGGGGAGGGAACUCAGGGAAGUGGAAAUAGUGAAAUAGUCGUAUAUACCUGGUGCAUCUAAUGCAAUGUUUUUGUUGAUCCCUGAUACGCGAGAAUGUGUAGUCAUUGGUACGCCCGUGUUGGUGCUUUUUUUUUUUUUUAAUUAGAAAUUUCGAGGGCUCAGGGUUUAUAAUUUUAUUAUCCUGUUGGUUCUUUUAGUUUGUAUAUGAGUUUCUUUUGGGAUUUCGCCAUUUAUGUCAAAUUCAGUGCUGGUGCUAAUUUUGUGCAUUAUCCAGGUAUCAGUUCUCACCCGAUGUGAAUUCUACGUUUUGCUGAGUAAAUGUAACACGAGUCCUAGGAUAAUCAAUUUUUUGAUAUUAAGAUCGGCAUAAUGUGGCAUGAAAAUCACUAUAACUUUCCAAACGAAUAUACUCCUUCAG